CCGCCCCCCUGUGCAGUGACAGUGGCUGCUCUGUACGGGCAGCUGCUGCGGGAUCAUGGCGCCGGCUCACGUCCUGCGCUGCUGCCAGCGGGUGGUGGGCUGGGUCCCGGUGGUCUUCAUCACGCUGGUCGUGUGCUGGUCCUACUACGCCUACGUGCUGGAGCUCUGUAUAUUUACAAUAAGAUCAGACACUGAAAAAGUUAUCUACCUGGUGUUUUUUCAUCUAUUUUUUAUAAUGUUUGUGUGGUCCUAUUGGAAGACAAUAUUUUCCCGUCCAGCUAAUCCAACCAAAGAGUUUUGUUUGUCCAAGUCUGACAAGGAGUUGUACGAGAAGGAGGAGAGGCAAGAAUACCAGCAGGAAAUCCUCAGACGGGCUGCUAAAGACCUUCCCAUCUACACCACCACUGCUACGAAAGCAAUCCGAUAUUGUGAAAGAUGCCAGCUGAUCAAACCCGACCGAUGCCACCACUGUUCAGCCUGCGAUGUAUGUGUACUUAAGAUGGAUCACCACUGCCCCUGGGUGAAUAACUGUGUGGGAUUCUCCAAUUACAAAUUCUUUCUGCUAUUUUUGAUGUACUCCCUGCUGUACUGCCUCUUCAUUGCCGGUUCUGUUCUGCAAUACUUCAUCCGAUUUUGGACGCUUUGCCGCAGCAAAUCCGAAGAAACCUGUCCCGAGAAUGAGCUGCCGGAUACCAGAGCCAAAUUCCACGUCCUUUUCCUGUUCUUCGUGUCGGCCAUGUUCUUCAUCAGUAUACUGUCUUUAUUUAGCUAUCACUGCUGGCUUGUUGGAAAAAACAGAUCAACUAUAGAGGCUUUCCGUGCUCCCUCUUUUCGAACUGGUCCUGAAAAAGAUGGAUUUUCCCUGGGCUGCAGUAAGAAUUUUCGUGAAGUCUUCGGAGAUGAAAAGAAAUAUUGGCUUUUACCUAUAUUUACAAGUAUGGGUGACGGAUGUACUUUCCCAACUCGCCUUGUGCUUGGUGAUCCAGAGCAAAAUGUAGCAGCUAUACAGAGUGAUUCUUCAAAAAUUGCUGGACCAAGUCAACCAUUUCCAGCCAGACCGCUCAGUGAAUCCCAAAACAGAUUGCUCGGAAGUGACAGCCAGUGGGUCGAUAGUGGAGAAGAUCAUGCACAAAGAGAUGAGAAAAACCAUGUAACCAUAUUAGUGGAGAGCUGAUUACAAGUACAUCCGCUCAGCCAAUCGAGGAAUGAGGUAGUGCGCGGCACAGAAUAUGCCACAACACCACAACAACAUGGAUGAUUCAUGAAUCACGGUGGAUCUUCUGGAGUCUGCAGAGUCUUCAUGCACAACAGCAAAUGUCUCCGAAGAAAGGACAACCAUUGCCUUAAUAGCCUCAUCCUUGUGCAUUAAUGCAACAUAACCGCAGUUUUACACAUUGACUUUAAAUACAUAGCAACUUUUUACUUAAUGAUAUCUUCUACAGGUUUUAAUAUUUAGUCUGCAUCUGACUUUAUACCAUGCAAUAAUUUUCUUAGGUGUCUGCAACUCUAAAGCAAAAUAUCGCCAAGACUUUCAUACAGGUGCUGAAUAUAAAAAACACACCAGGCUACGGUAUUACCUGCUUAAUGGGCAAGAUAUGACUUGAGUAAAAAAAAUCUACUACUUUCAGCAUCUUAGAGCAAGCUAGUAGUGGUAGGUUACCUGUCAUUGCUCUUCAGUAAUAGCAGAGGAUAUCCUCUACAAUACUGAACGGACUUGUGCAGGUUCUCUAUGUCUUGGGCCCAGUCUGUGCGAAUGAUGUGCAGAUACUCACCAUUAACCGAUCAGGCACUGACCUCACAAGAACAUUUAUUUCAUAUAUUCCCUUUUUUUCCCUCCAGCAUUUUUCUAGCAUACUUUAUACGGAGAUAGACUUGUAUAUAAAAACAAUAAUCCUCUGCGUAAAAUGCAUGGAUGAGAAAAGCACAGGCCAUAAGUAUCCCAACUAAAGACUGAAUGUUUUUGUGAAAAUACUGUAUGAUAAACUGCUUGUUUCCAGACGCCGAUUCAACCUACCUAGGUACCACGGAAAUAUUUUGUACCGGCAGCAUUUAUUUAUAGCGCUUUUUAUAACCUUUUUUAUGAAAUUAAUGGAAAAGUCAAGAAGUUGUUAGGUAGACGGAGGUAAGAAAAGUCGCUCCUUUUUCUUUUGACAGUCGUUCGUCAAUAUUUCCUCUUUAGUCCCCGCUGGAUAUUAGCAUGUCUUUAUUUUAUUUUUUAUUGUUUUAAUUGUCAGAAGUUUUAUUACAUUUCACAUUUGGGAGGAAUGGACAGAAGACUAUUGAACUUUCGCCAUACUGAAGAUGACUUGUCCUUGUAACGGGAAACGCGCACUGUGUUCUGUCUGUAUGUAAUGUGGAAUUAUUGACUAUGUCAUCUUUGAAGCAGAGUGUACACAACGUACAGACGUUUUGCCUAAGAAUUACUGUUGUAAAAGACCCAGUAUUACACACAAUCUCGCAGAGGCAGCUCAGUGGUGAAGAUGUACCCUGGAGGGCAGCCUCAGCAGCUGAGAACAGGACCCCAUAUUGGUGUGAGCUUAAAGGGGUAAUCCGCCCCUAGACAUCUUAUCCCCUAUCCAAAGGGAUGUCUGAUCACGGGACCCCCGCCACUGGGGACCCCCACGAUCUCUGCUGUUGCACCUGAACUUCGCUCUGAGCCAGAUAACUGUGGAUGCGGGGAGGAGGCUCGUGAUGUCACCCCCCCUCCCAUAGACAUACAUUGAGAGGCGUGGCCAUGAUGUCACAAGCUCUAAAGGAACACCGGGUGCAGCAGGGAGAUCGCGGGGGUCCCCAUCAGUGGGUCCCCUUCAAUCAGACAUCUUAUCCUCUAUCCUUUGGAUAGCGGAUAAGAUGUCUAGGGGCGGAGUACCCCUUUAAAGGGGUUAUCCAGGAUUUAAAAAAAAUAAAUAAAGACAGCGUCACACCUGUCCUCAGGUUGUUUAUGGUAUUACAACUUGGUUCCAUUUAUUUAAAUGGAACUAAGCUGCAAGACCACACACAAACUGAGUACGACAAGUUUUUUUUCUUAUCCGGAAUAACCCCUUAAUUGCUAAAAAUAGCAAUGGACAAGACAUACCGUUAGCCAACAAGACAACACAGUGCACACAGCCGAACCGCAGGAUCCGAAUUACUAUACUUCCAGUGCAUCCAAUUCCUGAUGAUGAUCUAUGUUGGAGUGCUGUGCCUGUCAUAGACCUGGGAUUGCCAAUGGGUGCUUCUGACAAAAAAAUAAGUCACAUCUAUGGGUUGUAUAAACAGCGCCAGUAUUGCCCAGGGGCUUUUCAAGGUAUUGCAUCUUAGCCAUAUUCAUACAACAUUGCCAAACUAGAGUGGAAGCCACUAACGGCUGGGUUCACACUACGGAAUCUCCGAGGGUGGCCAGCAAAUGACGCCGGUCCACGUAGACUGCUGUGUAUUCCGACAAAAGAUUGAACAAAUGAAUUAUUUUGGCAGAGGAAUUUCUACAGUGGAAAUCUCUUAAAUCCCAUAGUUUGCAUUGUGCAGUGGAAUCCCAUUGACAGCAAUAGGACUCUGCUGCAUCAGAAUUUCAGAGAAGAAUUCUACUCGCAAAUUCUGUAGUGGGAAUAUGCCCUUAAUGGACAUGUAAUCGGGAUAACUGUAAGGGUCUAUUCGCACUUCUGAAUUUCCACUUGCGGAAUUCCGCCUCAAAUCAAAGCCCAUAGACUUCUAUGGGAUUCCGCACUCCCAUUCACACUUCUGAAUUUCCGCAAGCGGAAUUCCGCCUCAAAUCAAAGCCCAUAGACUUCUGUGGGAUUCCUCACUCCCAUUCACACUUCUGAAUUUCCGCAAGCGGAAUUCCGCCUCAAAUCAAAGCCCAUAGACUUCUAUGGGAUUCCGCACUCUCAUUCACACUUCUGAAUUUCCGAAUGCGGAAUUUCGCCUCAAAUCAAAGCCCAUAGACUUCUAUUGGAUUCCGCACUCCCAUUCACACUUCUGAAUUUCCGAAUGCGGAAUUUCGCCUCAAAUCAAAGCCCAUAGACUUCUAUGGGAUUCCGCACUCCCAUUCACACUU